CCUCGGGCAGCGCCAGGGAGUCCAGCAGGGCACACAUUCAGUCAUAAUGAAGAAUAUGAUCCGUCUAUAAUCUAUCGAUCAGGUGUCGUUGAGUCACAGGAGGGUGAGAUCGGCCGCUGGUGUUUGGAUGGUGGAGACCUCCGUCUACCUCUCGAGAUCACGGCGGCAUCUUCUCCGCCUUCCCCCACUUUCCUGAGAAGGUGAAGCGGCCUCUAUAACAACAGCAUCCGCCGCUAUGAGGCGAAUAACGGGGAAGGCGAAGGACGAAACUCUGAUCGAGCUGCAGAGCGCCACGGAUUCACAGACCGCAGAUGGUCCUGCAGUGUUGACCGUAUUCAAGAUAAACCUGCUCUCAGAUGAAAACAAUGGAAAUGGCAUCAGUUCAUUAUCUGAAAGAGGGUCAUUGCCUGGAAAUACAGAAACUGAAAAGCUUCAACCAAACAAAGACACAGUUUUCUUCAGGGACGGAGUUCGAAGAAUAGACUUUGUCUUGUCUUAUGUGGAUGACAAAGAUGGAGAAAAGAAACAGGAAAGGAGGAGGGAGUUUGAGGCCAACCUGGAGAAAACAGGACUGGAGCUGGAGACAGAGGACAAAUCGUACUCUAAAGACCAGAAGACAUAUUUCCUGAAGAUUCACGCUCCAUGGGACGUACUAGCCACCUACGCUGAUGUCUUAAAAAUCAAAGUUCCCUUCAAGGAGAGUGAUAUCCCCCACGGCCAGGAUGUCCCACUGGAGUGGCUCACGCAUCCUUUCCGUCUGCCGGACUAUAUAAUGCGCCCACAACCAGACUACUUCACCUAUCCCUUUGACAAGAACAAGACAGACUUCUUCCUCAUCAAUGACAAAGACUCGUUCUUUCCACCAUCCACGAGAAACAGGAUUGUGUUCUACAUCCUGGCUCGUUGUCCGUACUUCAAAGAGGGUCGCAAAGACAAAGACAAGACGGGAAUCAAGCGAUUACUCAGCAACGGGACCUACACAGCGGCCUUCCCACUUCAUGAUUGUCGUUACUGGAAAAAGGCUAGAAACGCUGAAUGUGAGAGCGAGCGCUUCAACUUGUACAACCACUGGGCCAGGUUCCUUUGUUUUUACAAAGAGCAGCCGCUGAACCUCAUCAGGAAGUACUAUGGAGAAAAGAUCGGGAUCUACUUUGCCUGGUUGGGCUUCUACACAGAGAUGCUGUUCUUCGCAGCCGUCAUGGGCGUCAUAUGUUUCACCUAUGGAGUGCUCAGUUAUGAUGACAACAUGUCAAGCAAAGAAAUAUGUGACGCUAAUAUUGGGGGCAGCAUUGUGAUGUGUCCACUUUGUGAUAAAAAAUGUCCUUUCUGGCAACUCAACUCCACUUGUCUCUCAUCCUGGAUCUCUCUGAUAGUGGCCUGUAUCAUCGGGGUGAUAGCGUACAGACUUGCCGUGUAUGCCGCCUUCGCCAGUAUCAUUAAAGACCCGAUGAGGAAGAUCCAGGUCGUGGGCAGAUUCAUCACGCCGCAGUUGGCGACUUCUGCCACCGCCUCCUGCAUUAACUUUGUCAUCAUCAUGAUCCUCAACUUCUUUUACGAGAGGGUGGCCAUUUGGAUCACUGAUAUGGAAAUCCCAAAGACCCACCUGGAGUAUGAGAACAGGUUGACCAUGAAGAUGUUUAUGUUCCAGUUCGUCAACUACUACUCCUCCUGCUUCUAUGUGGCCUUCUUCAAAGGGAAAUUUGUGGGUUAUCCUGGUGACUAUUCCUACAUGUUUGGCAAAUGGAGCAAUCUGAGGAAUGAGGAGUGUGACCCUGGCGGCUGCCUCAUCGAGCUGACCACACAGCUGGUGAUCGUCAUGUCCGGGAAACAGAUAUGGGGGAACAUUCAAGAAGCUCUGCUGCCGUUGAUGCGUAACUGGUGGAGCGGCAGGAAGGGGCGGCAUCAUCCUGAAAACCAUUACAGCCGCUGGGAGCAAGACAACGUCCUGCUGAACUUCACCCAACUGGGUUUAUUCUACGAGUACCUGGAGAUGGUUGUCCAGUUUGGCUUCAUCACUCUGUUCGUGGCCUCCUUCCCCUUGGCUCCGCUCCUGGCUCUGUUCAACAACAUCCUGGAGAUCAGGGUGGACGCCUGGAAGUUCACCACACAGUUCAGACGGCCGGUGGCGUCCAAGGCUCGAAACAUUGGAGCGUGGCAGGAGAUCCUCAACGCGGUGGCCAUUUUGUCCGUUGUAACCAAUGCGUUUAUCAUGGCGUUCACCUCAGACAUGAUACCUCGGAUGGUCUAUCUGUACGCCUACGGUAAAGACGCCAGCAUGAGGGGCUACGUCAACAACAGCCUGUCAAUAUACAACAUCUCUCAAAUCCCUGAACGCAACAUGCCGGAGGAACCUGACUACUGGUUUGCUAACUUGACCUCCACCUGCAGAUACCGAGAUUACCGUUACCCUCCAGGCCACGAGAAGGAGUACACUCACACCAUGCAGUUCUGGCACAUCCUAGCUGCUAAAAUGGCCUUCAUUAUCAUCAUGGAGCAUGUGGUCUUUGUGGUGAAGUUCUUCGUGGCCUGGAUGAUCCCGGACGUGCCGUCGGACGUGAAGGCUCGGUUCAAACGAGAGCGCUACCUGAUCCAAGAGUACCUGCACAACUAUGAGGUGGAGAAGCUCAAAAUCCAGCUGAGCGCCAGUUUCAUCACGGAGCCGCAGUCAGACACGUCCUUGAUUUCGGACAAGCAUGAGGUGUUGUCUGAGUGCCUGUAGCCGCUGCCUCACUCCUCCAACUGAACAAACCAAGAAAUGGACAUGUUCGGGACUCUGGGCUGCUCCGAACAUCUAUAUGAUCCAUGUGUAAGGGCUUUUGUCUUGGGGAUAAAAGCGCUGCCAUCUUCUUAAUGGACAUUAACAUCCGGUCAAAUAUGCUCCUAUGUGAUGAAGUAGAGAGGAAUCUGAAAAACAAAUCCAGCGCCAUGUUUCACUGUGCUUCAUACUUUAAAUCAGCUUCUUGAGUGACUGAAACUUUUCUGUGCCAUAAAAAAUGUCGGAAGGUGUCAGGAUGGAUACGAGUGUAGCUGCAGUUUGUAUCCACGUGUUGCAUUCAAACUCAGGACUGAAAGACUCUGUAAGUGCUGGUAGAGUUUAAGUUAGUGGUGUUUACCAAGUGAGAUUAGGUGUACUUUCCCUUUAAAUUAGCUGGAUAUGCUUACAGUUUAAUUUCUUUUUUUUGCGAUGAGGUCUGACUUAGUUAUAGACGUGUCAGUUGUGGAAUAGUUUGAAUGGUAAUUAUAGCUGGAAGUUCAUAGCAUUUCAUUAUGAAUGUAGAAAACACUCAAACUUAUAAAAGGUUUCAAUAUAUCAGAUCUGAAACACAUGGAUUAUAUUAAAUAGGCAGUGCUGAAUCCUGAGACAGUUUCACUCCAUUUCCUUAUAAAAUCCUUUUUUAAAUUGGUAUCUGCAUAUUUGGUUCCACUUAUCUGUAGCUGGGCUAUGAGAUUGUCAGUUUUUGUUUUUAGUGUAUUAUAUUUAGGGAAAAUCUCUUAAAAACUGUGCAUUUGAAAACAAAGUACCUCCGUUUACACUGCAGCGAGACAGAUGCUGCAUUCUUCCAUGAUUCCAACCUGACUGGGACCAAUAUUAAGACUCGUACCCAAAGAAACAGAUCACAUGUUGGGAGAUCUCUGGACAGAUCUUCUGUCUUAAUACAAUCAGUCUGUGUGGACGAGUUCAGGUGGAUCUUGUGUCUGCCUUACUCCUCCUCGUGUUGCACUCGGAUUUAAAAUGGCCUGUAUAUUUCUGUUUCACAUUCUCUGGAGGCAUAAACAGUUGUAACCUUGAUUUCUAAGAUAAUCGUACAGGAGAAGGAACACAUAAGAAAUGUAAACGUAAUGCCUUUAGUAACCUCAUCCACUCUGGCUGGAUAUCAAGUGUUGCUUUAGAUAUAAAAGUAUAUAUGUUGUGUAUAGUAAUCGGUUGAAGAGCGAUUCAUUUAUUGAUCUGUUUCUGCUCUGUGACCUGAAACCUUUUUAUUUACAAUGAUCCCAACAAUCAUUUAUUAUCCGUUUACUUGUGACACUUGAUUUCUUAUUUUGUACAAUUUCUCGCCACCAAACAGUGUAAAUGCAGAAAGUUGUUCAAGUACAUUUCAUGCUAUUGAUUUCAACUUUGUAAAGGGACCAGACUAGUUAGAAACCUGUGGGAGACACAGACAGAAAUGUGAUUAUACAGUAUGUCUUUACAGCAGAUCAUUUAUCUGAGACAGUGGGCUUUUUAUCUGCUUCUGGAUCUCUCUGUGUUUGUAUUCAGACUUAUUUGUGAUUUACACUGUAAUUGAUACAGAUGUCAGUUCAGCUCACAGCAAAUUAUAUCUGACAGCCAGAAUAUAGACCUGAUUUACUCUAAUCUGAUUUACUCUGUAAUCUCAGGAUUAAACCUCUUCCAGUGUUGGCUGAGCAUCACUUUUUGACACGAUGUACAGAUGUGCAGAUGUGCGAGCGGUUAGGUUGGUGCAUGAUCCUGUAAGAUGCUCGCUGUACUGUAUUUCCCAGCAAACAAAUGCCUUAAAUGUCCCUGUUUACUUGUUUUUGUAUGAUUUUGUAACGGCAGCGUUUCCUGUCUGAAUAACCUGUUUCAUAUUGCGUAUGUUGCUGCUGCUUGUCUUUGCAAAGUAGUUUGUCUAGUUUGAAUCGCUGUUGUGUAAAUAUUGUCAGUUAUAUUCUAACCUUACUGUAGCCUAUUGUACAUACAUGCAGUAAAGGUGGUCAUGUCCACAAUAAAUAUAAAAAAUACAGUGUA